CACAUACAGAGCUUUACAGACUGCUGCACGACUCCGCUGGGCAGCACACAGUUAAGAUCACCUGAACAACAAACAGUCAUGGACCUCCAUAGGACCAGCAUACUAAACCAAAUGGAUUACAGUCGGGAUUCUAAAGAAGGGAAGCCGGUUCAGUCGAUGGAAGAACGGCUCGACAGCGGCUUGGACUCGCUGAAGGAAGAGGAGUACCAGGCUGUGGCGGCCGAGAUCCGUCGGCUCCAGGUGGACUGUGAGCCGCCGAAGCAGCAGCAGCCUCCCGCUGUAACCGGAGAGCUGCAGGCAUGGAAAACACAGAUCACGGAGGACGGAGACACGCUGCUCCACCUGGCCAUUAUCCACGAGGCCAAGGACUACAUCAGAAAGAUGAUAGACCUGUCCAAGAACACAGACUUCCUCAACACACAAAAUGACCAGAGACAGACUCCUCUGCAUUUAGCUGUAAUAACGAACCAGGCAGACGUGUGCGAGCGCCUCCUGGUAUCCGGCUGUGACCCCACGCUGGUGGACGACAGCGGGGACACACCUCUUCAUAUCGCCUGUCGCCAUGGUAACCUGCUCUGCUUCAGCGUCAUCACACAAAACUGUCAAACGGAGCAUCUACACAAAGUGAUGGCCGCCUGCAACUACCAUGGUCAGAACUGCCUCCACCUGGUCUCAGUUCAGGGCUUCCUCUCUCUGGUGGAGAAUAUGGUGGAUCUAGGAGCUGACAUUGAUGCAAAGGAGCAGCGUAACGGCCGCGGCGCCCUCCACCUGGCUGUGGACCAGCAGAACCUCUCGCUGGUGAAACUACUGUUGAAGAAAGGAGCGGACCCAAACCUCCUCACCUCCGGAGGUCACACCCCUUACCACCUGACCUACGGCCGCGACAAUGACGACAUCAGGAAAGAACUGUUCUCGCUGACAAAGCCCGACCUGAGGGAGCUGCCCGACAGCGAAUCAGACGACAGCGAGGCAGAGGAGGACGAGGAGUCUGAUGACGAGGUGAGUUAUGACGACAUUCAGUGGAAUGGACAUUAGCAGGAAAUGAGAGAGAGAGAGUGAGGAAGUUACAGAGGCAGGAGGCUGUGAUGAUGAGAAAUGGCUCGGCAUGUCUACUUCUUCCUGCAAUGACGUCACAAGGGCCUGAUGGUGUGGGCGACACGGCGCCAAGCGUGUGCGCUGGCACAGCAGAUGGACAGGCAGCUACAAAAAGGAGAAUCAAAAAAGAGACUGACGUUCAAAAUAACCAAUAAGUCUACUCCGGGCGCUGCAGGAGAGCAAACGCACGCUGAGGUGUGAAUAUAUGAUGGGAUAUGGUUUGCUGUACAGUAUGCUGCAGGGAUCGCUUGUAUUCUGUGUCUUCAUUUGUCACAAGAACAUCCAUCCACACAGAUGUACCUGCAACAGCUCUGUUGUAUGAUAUUGUAAAUGCUGUGUAUAAAAAGAUGUAUUUUUUAUGGAAGCUGUGAAUGUGUAGAGUUAAGCAGGUUGUACUAUAAAUUUCAAGACAGCAAACAGUCCAGCACACUCCAGUUAAAUUAAAAACACUCGUAUUUAACAGUAAAAA